CCAGCACAAGAUUCGGAUCUGAACCCAAUCGAAAACGUCUGGAGCGAGCUGGCUCGCUAUUUGCGUAAGCAGAAAGCCAAUAUUACAAAUACUGAAAGCUCGAAGAAGGCUAUUUUUAUGGUUGGGAAGCUAUGCCACUUGAGCUGGCGGAGAAGUUAG